GAGUGUUCCCUGCUGGAACAGUGGUGCAUAGCUUGUGUCCGGGAUCCGACGGCCCGGUUUUCGCUGGCUCUUGUACAAGAACCAUUAUUAACAUCCAUUGCGACGUGUGACGCGUCCUCGAAAUCUGGUCCCCCUCAUACCCAGUCUUUCUUGUUUUUAUUCUCGAUCCUCCAACCUAGACAACUUUUCUUUCUUCGGCUCGCUUUUAUCUACACACCACCUUCUUCCAUCAUGACUAUAGAGGCGCCAUUCACAAACCAGACCCCCGUUCCUCUGCGUACGGGCCCUCCAAUCAAAGAGGAACUAAUAGUGUACUACCCAGCCAAGUUUACGUGGAACCAGCUCAAGACCUUCGUUAACUCUGGGGACCUUGGCCUUUUGAAGCGUGACAAGAAGCUUCAACAACGGUACGAAAUCUGGGUUAAAAGUAUCAAACUCAAAUACGGCUCUAUCGUGAACUACCUCCUGAAUUUCCGUCUCCAAUGGGGAAAACCAGAUACUCUGUCAUUACUUACCUCCGCCUUGGACAACAAGGAUCUACCGAGGAACUACAUAGAUCCUCUAGAAGCGGACACUUCCGUUGCAAAAGACCUGCCUCCCUUACCUGAGGACGCCCCACCAUACUUCACAGCCGACAUACCGCCCGAAUAUAUUAGUAUCAUCCAAAACGAUUGGCCCUACUCUGUACCAUCCGAUGUCGAACAUACAUUGAUAUGGACACGUAUUCCUAUCUACCAUCCGGACAUAAUCGCGGAUAGCAUAUCCGCGCGGAUCGCACAAGACGGCCUGUGGGGUUUUACCGGGAACACAUCUCCUCCCCCAUCACCGUCGACUCUGCAUCUCUGUCUCCCUGCGCUGUCUGAGUGGGACAUAACUCGGGAGAAAAUGAUCGUUUCUACGAGAUGCCUCGAAGAGGAAGAGGCGUUAGUUAAACGGGCUGGCGAAAACGUAAACGAGUUUGUUAAGAGGCGUUGGGUGGAAGCGGAAUGGGAAACUGCGUGGUUCGUAAAUCCUUUUAGACUUCAAAGCGUACCAGGACUAGCGCACAUCCAUGUUUUCGCGAGGCACAAAUAAUUUGAAGCCUUUUCGAGGAAAGACUGGAAUACUUUUUUAAUACUUCGGUUCUAGAACCGUGACAUCCGAAAGAACGAUUUUCUAUAAAUUUAGGCAUUUACUCCGACUAGACCAGAUAGACUGGAUACCAUCACUGCGCAUGCAGAACAUCUUUUACCAUUGGACUAGCCAUAUAAAGUUGAUUGCAGUAACAAGGAUGCCCACGUGGACCUGCC